CAUGGGGGGUGGAGAAGAGGGCGGGAGGGAGAGGAUAAAUAGCAGCCUUGCUUCCCUGGCUCCUCUCUGCAUCCUCCCCACCUUCCCAACAAUAUGCAUCUUGCCAGUUUGGUCAGCUCUUGCUCCCUCCUACUGCUGUUGGGGGCCCUGCCUGGAUGGGCAGCCAGCGAUGACCCCAUUGAGAAGGUCAUUGAAGGGAUCAACCAAGGGCUGAGCAAAGCAGAGAGAGAGGUGGGCAAGGCCCUGGAAGGCAUCAAUAAUGGAAUCACUCAAGCUGGAAGGGAAGUGGAGAAAGUUUUUAAUGGACUUAGCAGCAUGGCCGGCAAGGAGUUGGACAAGGGCGUCCACGGGCUCAACAACGGCUUGGACAAGGUAGCCUAUGGGAUCAACAAUGGUGCUGAACAAGCAGGAAAGGAAGCAGAGAAGUUUAUCCAUGGGGCCAACAACGCUGCUGGACAGGCUGGGAAAGAGGGAGACAAAGUGAUUCAAGGGGUCCAUCAUGGGAUUAAUCAGGCUGGAAAGGAGGUAGACAAGUUUGGUCAGGCGGUCCACCAUGCUGCUGGUCAGGCUGGGAAGGAGGUAGACAAGUUUGGCCAGGGCGUCCACCAUGCUGCUGGUCAGGCUGGGAAAGAGGGAGACAAAGUGAUUCAAGGGGUCCAUCAUGGGGUUAAUCAGGCUGGAAAGGAGGUAGACAAGUUUGGUCAGGCGGUCCACCAUGCUGCUGGUCAGGCUGGGAAGGAGGUAGACAAGUUUGGCCAGGGCGUCCACCAUGCUGCUGGUCAGGCUGGGAAAGAGGGAGACAAAGUGAUUCAAGGGGUCCAUCAUGGGGUUAAUCAGGCUGGAAAGGAGGUAGACAAGUUUGGUCAGGCGGUCCACCAUGCUGCUGGUCAGGCUGGGAAGGAGGUAGACAAGUUUGGCCAGGCAGUCCACCAUGCUGCUGGUCAGGCUGGGAAAGAGGGAGACAAAGUGAUUCAAGGGGUCCAUCAUGGGGUUAAUCAGGCUGGAAAGGAGGUAGACAAGUUUGGUCAGGCGGUCCACCAUGCUGCUGGUCAGGCUGGGAAGGAGGUAGACAAGUUUGGCCAGGCAGUCCACCAUGCUGCUGGUCAGGCUGGGAAAGAGGUAGACAAGUUUGGUCAGGGGAUCCACCAUGCCUUGGGGCAGGCUGGGAAUGAGGCUGGGAGGUUUGGCCAAGGGGCCCACCAUGGGGUUAAUGAGGCCUGGAAGGAGGCAGAGAAGUUUGGUCAGGGGGUCCACCAUGCUGCUGGUCAGGCUGGGAAAGAAGGGGACACAGUAGUCCAAGGGGUCUAUCAUGGAGUUAACCAGGCUGGGAAGGAAUUGGAGCAGUUUGGCCAGGGGGCCCACCAUGGGGUUAACGAGGCCUGGAAAGAGGCAGAGAAGUUUGGUCAGGGGGUCCACUAUGCUGCUGGUCAGGCUGGGAAAGAGGGAGACAAAGUGAUUCAAGGGGUCCAUCAUGGAGUUAACCAGGCUGGGAAGGAAUUGGAGCAGUUUGGCCAGGGGGCCCACCAUGGGGUUAACGAGGCCUGGAAAGAGGCAGAGAAGUUUGGUCAGGGGGUCCACUAUGCUGCUGGUCAGGCUGGGAAAGAGGGAGACAAAGUGAUUCAAGGGGUCCAUCAUGGAGUUAACCAGGCUGGGAAGGAAUUGGAGCAGUUUGGCCAGGGGGCCCACCAUGGGGUUAACGAGGCCUGGAAAGAGGCAGAGAAGUUUGGUCAGGGGGUCCACUAUGCUGCUGGUCAGGCUGGGAAAGAGGGAGACAAAGUGAUUCAAGGGGUCCAUCAUGGAGUUAACCAGGCUGGGAAGGAAUUGGAGCAGUUUGGCCAGGGGGCCCACCAUGGGGUUAACGAGGCCUGGAAAGAGGCAGAGAAGUUUGGUCAGGGGGUCCACUAUGCUGCUGGUCAGGCUGGGAAAGAGGGAGACAAAGUGAUUCAAGGGGUCCAUCAUGGAGUUAACCAGGCUGGGAAGGAAUUGGAGCAGUUUGGCCAGGGGGCCCACCAUGGGGUUAACGAGGCCUGGAAAGAGGCAGAGAAGUUUGGUCAGGGGGUCCACUAUGCUGCUGGUCAGGCUGGGAAAGAGGGAGACAAAGUGAUUCAAGGGGUCCAUCAUGGAGGAGACAAAGUGAUUCAAGGGGUCCAUCAUGGAGUUAAUCAGGCUGGGAAGGAGGUAGACAAGUUUGGCCAGGGAGUCCACCAUGCUGCUGGUCAGGCUGGGAAGGAGGGAGACAAAGCGGUCCAAGGGGUCCAUCAUGGAGUUAACCAGGCUGGGAAGGAGGCAGAGAAACUUGGCCAUGGGGUCCACCAAGCUGCUGGCCAGGCUGGAAAGGAAGCGGAGAAACUUGGCCAAGGUGUCCACCAUGCUGCUGGCCAGGCCGGGAAGGAGGUGGACGGGUUGCAGCAGAAUAUUCAUAAUGGGGUCAACCAAGCCAGCAAGGAGGCCAACAAGCCGCUGAAUGCUGGUCAUCAAGGCGGAGCUACCGGCCAGCACGGAGGGGCCGCAACCACCACAUUGACAUCUGGAGCCUCGGUCAACAAGCCCUUCAUCAACUUUUCAGCUCUGUGGAGGAGCGUCGCCAACAUCAUGCCCUAAACUGAUGCCCUGGCUUGCAGAGCAGGCUAAUGUUCCUGUUGUCACAUCAGCUGAAAUUACCUGGAGGAGCUGGGGAUGGGGGGAUAGGUUUAUGGGGUCCCUUAAGGGGGCUGCACUGAGAGUUGUGAAUAAAUGUGACACACUGUGCUCUCUCA